AUGAAAUUGCCACUCGCUGGGCUCCAAAGGCAAUGGGUGAUACCCCAGGUUGCUCAGGUUAGGAUGUUUGCGAGCUCCAGGCCGUGUGGCGGCCACAAGGCUGUAAAGUUCUUGAAAGCACAAAGAAAAAGACAAGUGAAUCAGGCUAAGCAGUUGAAGCUCAAAACGGCUUUGGACACUAUUGAUCCUGUAUUCGGGCGUAGUAGUACUCCUUUUAUUGUACGUGUUAUGGCCGAAAUGAAGGAGCCCAAAGUUUUGGCGCAGGGCUACGAAAACCAAGAGGUCGAGAAGCUGCUAGCAGCGGUUGAAGCCGCCAAGCGGGAGCAAAUUGAACUGUCUGGUUUCAACAAUGCAUCAUUGGUUCCAGGGGCGAGUGAAAAUGAUCCUGAAGGACUAGCAAGCAAGAGGGAGUCCAUUAUGAGAAUAUUGAGCAUGAGAAAUGCUAGCAAUAAGGAUGCGAUGAAGCUGGUAGUGCGCCAGGCUAGGGAAGAAUUUCAGAGGUUUGAGGGGGACACGGGUUCUAGCGAAGUUCAGGCUGCCAUAAUGACGGUCCGUAUUCAGAAUUUGGCUAAGCACAUCCAGGAAAACAAGAACGACCAUAAAAACACAAGAAUACUCAGAAUGCUUGUUCAGCAAAGGCAAAAUAUCUUGAGAUACUUGAAAAGAGAUAAACCAGAAAGGUACUUCUGGACUAUACAAAAACUCGGGCUGAGUGACAACGCAGUUGUGAGUGAGUUCAACAUGGAUAGGCGUUACAUGCAGGACUACAAGUUCUUUGGUGAUCGUAUCCUCAUCAAGGAUUCUAAGAAGGUGGCAGACCAGAAACGUCGUGACUUGCGCAAACAGAAGAGAUCUGCAAGGAGAGCACAGCUCUGA